UCACUGUUAUUUCACACAUUGCUCAUAACCGGUGGUUUUGAGAACAAGCGAGAUUAGGGUUUUGCUUUCGGAGCCUGUUGCUCUACGAGCAGCUCAUCGCAAAGCUCGCAACGUAAAGUGUAAGGAAGCUUUGUAGAGUGCCACUUGAGUCUUGUUUUGCGUCGUGUUCCUCGUGUUUGUGUUGGAAGACAGGAUUGUUCGCCCAUAGCUAUGGCUCCUCCUUCUGCAGAUUUAGAGGAGGAUGAGGUGACAGCCAACGGCUAUGCAAAUGGCCAUGGCUACGUACAUCUGUCUGAGGCCCCAACCGGUCCACAUGACGAUGGUAUUGGGUACGUUUCUGCAGCGAAUGCAGUCUCUAAUGAACAACCUGAACACAACCCUGGAAGCAAUGGAACUUUGGAAACAGCGAGACCGAGAUCUCAAGGGACAGUGGUAAACAUCAAUGGAGUUGAAGUAACUGUGUACGGCAACAUUCAAGGCCUCGAGUUUCUAAACCUGAAUGCGAGUAGUGGUGCCCCUGUGUUAGACUUAGAUGGUGUAGAUUCAGAGGAGGAAGAAGAGGAAGCAAGACAGAGAUUUGAAGCUGAGAGAGCUAUCCGCGAAGCCGAGGAAGCUGAUCGAGCUCGAAGGGCGGCUCCUCUGCCUGCUGAGCAAUGUCAAACAAUCAGAAAUGCCAUGCGGAGUAUCACAUUAAACUUUCGACCUGAGUGGGCUGGCUCCAUUCCAGAGCAGGAGUGGAUGAGCAGGGUUUUGCAAAGCGGGGGAAAUGAACGUCAGUCAUCAACACCUGGUGAUGCUCGCAACCCGGUUUCGUAAUUUUCGUUGUCUCUAAACUGAUCGUAACAUAGGUGUAUGCAAUUCCAGUUUAAUAGUUAUUGCGUGUGCGGGUGGAUAAGCUGCACUGUAGCUAAUCGAUUGGUGGUAGCAAAUACCAAUUAAUUGGUAUAUUUUGGACUCAAUUAGGGUUCAACACUGAAAUAGAUAAAUGACAGUGCAAGUUAACUCAAAGCCUGUACUUUUGGCUCUUUUUCUAGCAACACCGGCCUGCAGAAACAGAUUAUGUCUAGGAGCAUGAUGAAGGAGUUUGAAUUACUGCUUCAAAUAUCCGUGGCUGCUGAAAGGCUCUAGUUAUAGAGGUCAGGUGAUCCAUGCGCAUGCGUUAAUGACUAGAUCUAGGUAAUAGGUAGUAAUUUACACAAUUUUUGAUAUUGUAUUAAUGACAUAUUCUCUGAUGAUCCACUUGAAAUUUCAUUUAAUAAUAUAUGUGGUUUUGGAGGAGCC